AGCGGAGCGGGCACCUGAAACCAGACCCCUGCGUCCGGCAGGCUCGGCCCGGGCCUGCCCCGCCCCCGGCCCCGCCUCUUUCCAGCCCGCCCCUCCCCUUUUACGCCCCUCCACCAGGGACCCCGCCCCCUGUGCAGCCCCCCGCCCUCGCUGCCCGGGCCCCGCCCCCUCCCUCCUGGCCCUCGCCACCGGUCCAGGGAGGGGACGGCGGGACAGGCGGGAUCGGUGGGACCGGCGGGAGGGCGGGCCGGGCGGGGAUAUGGCCGCGGCGCCCGGAGGGUCUGCACCGCCCGCCGGCCCCGGCCCGCGCCUGGGUUUCAGCACCGCGGACAGCGGCAUCGGCAUGAGCGGGCUAAACCCAGGUCCUGCGGUGCCCAUGAAGGACCACGACGCCAUCAAGCUCUUCGUGGGGCAGAUCCCGCGGGGCUUGGACGAGCAGGACCUCAAGCCGCUGUUCGAGGAGUUCGGCCGAAUCUACGAGCUGACGGUGCUGAAGGACCGGCUCACCGGCCUCCACAAAGGCUGUGCCUUCCUCACCUACUGCGCCCGGGACUCUGCUCUCAAGGCCCAGAGUGCACUGCACGAGCAGAAGACCCUGCCAGGGAUGAAUCGUCCAAUUCAAGUGAAGCCGGCUGCCAGUGAGGGCCGAGGAGAGGACCGAAAGCUGUUUGUGGGGAUGCUGGGGAAGCAGCAGGGUGAGGAGGACGUCAGACGUCUGUUCCAGCCCUUCGGCCACAUCGAGGAGUGCACUGUCUUACGGAGCCCGGAUGGCACCAGUAAAGGCUGUGCCUUUGUGAAGUUUGGGAGUCAGGGGGAAGCUCAGGCGGCCAUCCAGAGUCUGCACGGCAGCCGGACCAUGGCGGGCGCCUCAUCCAGCCUCGUGGUCAAGCUGGCGGACACCGACCGGGAGCGCGCGCUGAGGCGGAUGCAGCAGAUGGCGGGCCAGUUGGGUGCCUUCCACCCGGCACCACUGCCGCUUGGGGCCUGCGGAGCCUACACCACCGCGAUCCUGCAGCACCAGGCGGCCCUGCUGGCGGCGGCGCAGGGUCCGGGUCUAGGCCCGGUGGCCGCAGUGGCGGCACAAAUGCAGCACGUGGCGGCCUUCAGCCUCGUAGCGGCGCCGCUGCUGCCCGCGGCAGCAGCCAACUCCCCUCAGGGCGGCGGCCCUGGCUCGCUUCCCGGCCUCCCGGCGCCCAUCGGGGUCAAUGGAUUCGGCCCUCUGACUUCCCAAACCAACGCGCAGCCGGGCUCCGACACUCUCUACAAUAGCGGGCUCUCCCCUUACCCAGCCCAGAGCCCCGGCGUGGCUGACCCCCUGCAGCAGGCCUACGCUGGGAUGCACCACUACGCAGCAGCCUAUCCGUCGGCCUAUGCCCCAGUGAGCACAGCUUUUCCCCAGCAGCCUUCAGCCCUGCCCCAGCAGCAAAGAGAAGGUGAGGGACAGGGGGCUGGAGAUCAGAGCCUGGUGGGGCUGGACUCAGGGUCCCUCCCCCUGAACCAGCCCGCUACUGUUCCUGCAGGCCCGGAAGGCUGUAACCUCUUCAUCUAUCACCUGCCUCAGGAGUUUGGUGAUGCAGAACUCAUACAGACAUUCCUGCCCUUUGGAGCCGUUGUCUCUGCCAAAGUCUUUGUGGAUCGAGCCACCAACCAGAGCAAGUGUUUUGGGUUUGUUAGCUUUGACAAUCCAACCAGUGCCCAGACAGCUAUUCAGGCCAUGAAUGGCUUUCAAAUUGGCAUGAAGAGGCUCAAGGUCCAACUAAAGAGGCCCAAGGAUGCCAACCGGCCUUACUGAUCUGCUCUCACUGACCAGCCACAGAAAGAUACCUAAGAGUGAGAAGAAGGAAAGGAAAACACAGAAGCGCUUGAGCAGCCCUUCUUGAAGGAGCAGCCGCAGCCAGAGGUGGAUUGGACCCAAGACCGACGCCUGGGGCUCAGGCCACUUUGAGGAUUGUUUUCAACACAGGAGUUGUGCUGUGCCUGUGGCUAGAGCUCAGUCUGGCAAGGCAGCUGAGGCUGGCUGAGGACUGACUGUCUAGGGGAACCAGCAGGGGCCCUUGGGGGUGCCAAGGGCUUCUCCGCAAGGGAAGCCCAGAUUUACUUCUUUCAAAAUCAUAUCAUUCCUUAGAGUUUAGGGACCAAAGGACUAUUGCUUUUUUAAGAAUAUAUAUAUAUAUAUAUAUCUAUAUAAAUUAAAACAAAGAAAAAAAACAAAACAAAACAAAAACUCACAAAAGACAGUAUAGAGUCUCAUAAAAGCUGCCUUUAACUAUCCCUAGGAGACAGGGUGAAGGAGACCUUUAAAAGUCCCAGCCUAGGCAGAAGGGAGCUGUGGGAAGUUGUUCUGUGUCUCAUUCUCUCUUAAACCAUCUCCCCACCCACCUUUUGAAGAUAAUGAAGGACUGAGGUAUAGGCUCAGACGCAGGUAACAAGAGCGUUACGGAAGCAGUGAACCCACAAUCCCCAAACUCCUGAAUAGGCCUCGGGAGGAGCUCUGGCCCCCCAGACAGGCCACCUAGCCAGCAGGAGUGGGAAACACUGCUUCCCCAGGCAGGAAGAAAGAGGGAGUGGGGGCCACCCUAGCUUUUCCCGUCCCCUUCCAGGUAGACAGAGGUCAUGCCUUUGGCUGAGCCGAGAUACCGCCUGUGUCCCCCUCACCUUGAGCCAGCCCCAUUAUCCCCUCACUCCAGGCCACCUUCUGACUCAAAGUCUAAGUUUGCCCACCUGUAAAGUAGAUUCAGGAUAUAUGUAGAGGGCUGUGACAACAGACUUGGAAGGUUUGCUACUGUAUAUACUGCCAUUGAAAAGGGGAUAAUUUUCAAUAUGUAGAAGCUUCAGAAUUUAGAGGUCCCUCUUUAUACAGGACCUGGGAGGGAAGUAGAUGUUUUGCCAAAAUACUUCUUCAUUCCUUUAAAAAGUACAUCUUUCCUAUGCAAGAGUGUCUCACAUGUGCUUAUCCAAGGUGCUUCUAGAUGGUGAGCAGUGUUCAGCUUAGAAGUGGUGUGUGCUCUGUCUGUCUGUCUUUGUCUGUCUGUUGUAUACAGUGGGUGCCAUAUAAAGCUGAUCAAUGGUGGUGCUUUCUGCCUGCUUCUGUGAGAUGGGCAAAAGAUUUCAGCUUAGAACACCAUGACUCACCUUGCCUUGGUCAGCCUUUUCUGGGCCUGCAGGGCCUUGCACAUAUUUUUCCCCAGAGGACAAUUUCUUCUCCACCCCGUAGACAUGGAUCAAACUAGUCCGGGGUCCCAGCUGUGUGGUGGGCACUCUGAUCCCCAGGUGUUACUGAGGCUGGAGGCCUCGCAUCUGAUAGCACAUCAGACAGUAAGGAUGUGGGGUGGGGUCGGAGGGUUCCUCCUUCAUGACAGUUUCUAAGAAAACUUGUUUCCACCUGUUCCUCUGUCUUUGACUCGUUUUUGGAGGGAAUGGGAUGAAAAACAGAUCCGAUAAUAACA